CAGUAUUGGUAAGAAGGUGGAAAAUCAGAGAGCUCACUUGCCAAAGCUCAGGCUCCAAAACAGACAUUUGAAACAGCAAGAAGCAAAUAUCAAAUGAGAGGCUUGACAGCUCGCUGCCUUACCUGUUUUCCCAGUCUACAGCAUACACAGUGACCACCAAAAGACUUACCUGCAGUGAAAAGUUGGAGACGAGAAAGAGAGAGGAGAGCUGGCACUUGGGAGCAGAACAAAAAGCAGAUCUGGAGCGGAGCUGUGAUGGAAAACCUGCCCGUCUACCACGGACCCAUCGGCAAGGAAGAGGGGGAGAGGCGGCUAGCCCAGGACGGCCGGGAUGGGUGCUACCUAGUCCGCAACAGUGACUCUGUGCCGGGCUUCUACUGCCUGUGUGUGCUGUGCGGUGGCUUCGUCUACACAUACAGACUCCACAAGGAUGAUGCAGGCUCAUGGGCCGCAGAAACCACUCCUGGCGUGCAGAAACGAUAUUUCCGGCAAAUCAGGAACUUGAUAGCAGCUUUCCAGAAGCCCGGACAAGGAAUUGCCAUGCCUCUGCUCUACCCUGUCACUGCUCAGAGACGGGCACAGACACACACAGAGGGACAAAUGCCCAGUAAUAGCCUGUCACCAGCACACAGCAGCCCAAAAGCUUACCUCCAGCAGCAGCAGCAGCAGCAGCAGCAGCCGCCACAUGCCGCUCAAGGACAGAAAAACAGGCAAAAGAAGGAGGUGCGGCAUGCUUUUUGUUAGCAGCAAACCCUUAGCUCACCAUUGACCCAAUUACCAACAAAAAUACUGUGUUUGUACGAUACCUACUGUUGCAUUUUGCUCGCUGUGUGUGCAGUGAAUGAUAUUUCUUCCAAUUAAACAGCUCCUGUUUGUUAAAUUCAAGCCAUUUAGGGCUCUAGUAGUGACUCAGAUCUCAGUAUCUUCCCAGUCUCUUUUCUUUCUGCAUAUGCGGCGCAGAAAAGUGCCUCAUAACUUUCAGGCAUGCAAUGUAAAAUAUUCAGCUGCUCAGACAUUAAUAUCCAUUACUGCAUACGUAAGUUGACGACAAAUAUUGUGCUGUUUUCUUAAUGCAAUUCAGUUGUGUGAAUGGCAAAGAAAAUAAAUGAUAUUGGUUGAAAUAAACUCUUUUAAAUGAGGUCAUGCAUACGCAGCCAUACACACCCAAGCCUCCGUCUGACAUAUAAUGUGGAACAAAAAUUCAAUUUG